AAUAGCAGCACUGAGUAACACUGGGCAGCACUGAGCAACAUUUUCCUUCCUAGAGGCUGAUAUACAAAUCUAAAGUCAUUCAAUUAUGGCUUCGUUUAAGAAAACAAAUACUAAAAUCUAUGCUAAAGUUAAAGGUGAACUUACAGAGGAUAAUAUUUAUUGGAAGAAAUAUUCGCCACCAAUUUUACUUAAAGAAUAUGGUCCAAUUGAUUACAUUGACUUUUCACCAAUUGAACCUCAUUAUUUUGCGGUCACAUGUUCAGUUCGAGUUCAAAUUUACAACCCAAUAACUAAGCUUGUGGAAAAAAAUCUAAACAAAUUUCAAGAAGCAGCCUACGGAGGAUCAUUUCGUCCCGAUGGAAAGCUUAUUUGUGCUGGUGGACAAGAGGCAGUCAUUAGACUUUUCGAUGUUCAUAACAGAAGUCUUCUACGAUUAUUUUCUGGUCACACAGCCGCUGUUCAUAGAGUUUUUUUCACAGCAGAUGGACAUCAUUUAGCAUCUUUUUCUGAUGACAAAACUACAGCAUUAUGGGAUAUACCAACGGAAAAGCAAUUAAUAACUUAUGCUGAUCAUACGGAUUACAUCAGAGCGGGUGCCAUUAGUCCAAUUUCUCCAGAUAUCUUUGUCUCUGGAAGUUAUGACAAAACUAUCAAAAUGUAUGACACAAGAACUAAUAAAAGUACAUUAAGUGUCAAUCAUGAAGCUCCAGUGGAAAGUGUUAUAUUUUUGCCAUCGGGUGGAAUAUUUAUUUCAGCCGGAGGCACAGAAAUGAGAGUAUGGGAUGCUCUAACAGGAGGUAGACUUUUAGCAAAAGUCUCUCAUCAUCAUAAAACUAUAACCUGUCUCACAACAGCAUCUAAUGGACACAGAAUAUUAUCAGGAUCUCUAGAUAGGCACGUCCAAAUUUAUGACGUUUCAACUUACCAACGAAUCCACACAUUAGAUUAUCCGAACUCAAUUCUUAGUAUAGGCAUCAGUAAAAAUGAUGAAACGAUCGUUACUGGAAUGGUUGAUGGUAUGAUUUCGGUGAGAAGAAGAGAAGAUGAUACAACAGCUGCUCCAAAAAUUAAAAGGAAAAAUAAGUUCUUUAGGCGAACAGGACCCAAUUUGCCUUCGAUUGAUGUGGUUGUUCCUAGUGAGAAGAAGGAAUUAAUGUCGAAAUAUGAUGCAUGUCUAAGAAAAUUUCAAUAUUCCAAAGCUCUCGAUUGCGUGAUGGUUACUUAUGUGGUGAACAAAUUACCUCACGUAACAGUAGCUGUUCUUCAGGAACUUACACGACGGCAAGGCUUACAACAAUCUUUGGCAGGCAGAGAUAGCAAAUCUUUGGUUAAUAUUUUGAAGUUUCUUAUCAAGUAUCUUGGAACUCCUCGAUUUAGUCGAAUUUUACUUCAUGUUACUCAAGUCUUGAUAGAUAUUUAUGAAGAUAAUAUUGAUGAACUUGAUCCAGAAGUAAUAAAAUUACUCACAAUAUUGGAAGAAAAAUUGAGAGAAGAACAAGAAUUGAUAACGUCAAUGACAGAACUUCAAGGCAUACUAUACAUGUUGUUAUCUGGAGCAGAAUCUAAAAUUGAAUCUGUGAUUGCAAAAGAAUCGCAAACCCUAGAGCCGUCCAGUGCAGCUCAGAAGAAUUUAAUAUUAAGUAUUUCUUAAUAAAAAAAAAUUUGUAAAUAUUUUUUAAAAUAUAUUUAAUAGUAUCAAAUA